GGUGGCUUUGUUUCGUCUUCUACGCGGAGCCAAUUCACACCAGCAGCAUACAAGAAGCGUAGCACUGGGAUCGCGUGAUCACGUGAUUUCCCUGUCAGAUGUUGUUUGUUAUCGUCUUGACUUUUGGGGUUCCGCCAUGGGUAAGUUAGCUAAAUUGUUACUGUACUUUUCCAGUUUAUUUGUGUUUAUUACUAUGUCCUAUUUAAUACAUUUAAGUCCAAUAUUUUUUUAUUUGUUUUAGCCAUUUGAAAUACAUCCUCUGUUAUCUUAUAUCUAUAUAUCACAUACAGUGCCUGUAAGCAGGAGGAGAGCUUUGGCGUUUGUUCUCCUACUUCAAAUAUUGCAAAGGGGCAGAAGGAGAAGGUAUUGGAUUCAUCCUCUAAACCAGCGGAGGAAACAACAAGGACAUUUUUAUCAUCUUGUAGCUGAACUAAGGCUGGACAGCCAACGCCAUCAUCAGUAUUUCAGAAUGAAUGCAGAGCAGAUGGAUGAACUUUUGUCCCUCAUUGGGCCUGAACUGACUAGACAGUCAACAAAUUACAGAGCUGCUAUAGAGCAGAGGCUGGCAGUUGGAUUGAGGUACUUGGCUACUGGAGAGUCAAUGCUCAGCUUAGCAUUCUGCUAUCGUCUAGGGCACACAACUGUCAUGAACUCUGUUCAUAUGGUGUGUGCAGCCAUUGAAAAGGUGAUGAUGAAGAGGUUUCUACCCAGUCCAACACAAAAUACUUGGAAGGAGGUGGGCCAAGGAUUCUGGGAAAAAUGGAAUUUCCCAAAUUGCUUGGGAGCAGUAGAUGGCAAACAUAUAGUAAUACAAGCACCACCACGGUCUGGAAGUCAGUUUUUCAAUUACAAACAUACUUUCUCCAUAGUACUUUUGGCACUUGUGGAUGCUGAGUACAGAUUUCGAGUGAUUCAAGUGGGGGACUUUGGAAAAAGCAGUGAUGGGGGGGUAUAUGCCAGAUCAGAUUUGGGGAGAGCAAUGGAGACAAACACAUUACAUGUGCCACCCAGUACCUCUCUACCUGGGGCUGCCCACCUAGGUGCUGUGCCAUUCGUUAUGGUUGGUGACUCCGCUUUCCCCCUCAAACCAUUCCUGAUGAGGCCAUACCCCGGAGCACACCUCACGUCCAACAAGAGGAUUUUUAACUACAGACUUUCAAGAGCAAGGAUGGUGGUUGAAAAUGCAUUUGGCAUUCUAUCUGCCAGAUGGAGAAUAUUUCUGAACAGAAUAAACCUACAACCAAAACACGUUGACACACUUGUGAUGGCUGCAUGCAUCCUUCACAAUUUCCUGCUGGCCCCUAGUGAAAACCAGAGGUUGCUAGAUGAGGCAGAGCAGCUGGGGAGACACAUGGCACCAGUGAGACACAUGGGAGGUAACAGGGCAUCAACAGAGGCCUGUAAUGUAAGGGAGGUCUUCAGCACCUUUUUUAACUCUCCUGAAGGCAGUGUACCUUGGCAGGAUAGGAUGGUGUGAUCCAGAAGCAUGACUA